AUGUCUCACAACGAAAGCAGUACAUCUCGAAUGCACGCGCAAUCCUGUACAGCUUUAUUCGAUUCAUUUGGAGCGAAAUGCUUUACAACGCACUGCGGAACUACUUUUAGGAUCGGUAAAAAGGAUAUCGAAAAGUUGUUCGGAAAGAACGGAGAUUCGAUGGGCUUUCGGUCCACGAUGCCCCUGGAUGGGAGGUAUUUGGAAACGACUGGUAUGAUCAGUGAAACGAGCCGUUCAGAAGAGGAUUGGCAAAAAAAGACUGACUGA